GCCACCAGCCAUGGAGCCCCGGGCACUCGUCUUUCUCCUUGGCCUCUGCUCGGCUGGCCUCGUCCUGGGCUCCGAACAUGAGACCCGGCUGGUGGCAAAGCUAUUUGAAAACUACAACAGCGUGGUACGGCCCGUGGAAGACCACCGCCAGGUCGUGGAGGUCACGGUGGGCCUGCAGCUGAUACAGCUCAUCAAUGUGGAUGAAGUAAAUCAGAUCGUGACAACCAAUGUUCGUCUGAAACAGCAAUGGGUGGAUUACAACUUAAAAUGGAAUCCAGAAGACUAUGGUGGCGUGAAAAAAAUUCACAUUCCCUCAGAAAAGAUCUGGCGCCCAGACCUCGUUCUUUAUAACAAUGCAGAUGGUGACUUUGCUAUUGUCAAGUUCACCAAAGUGCUCCUGAACUACACUGGCCACAUCACGUGGACACCUCCCGCCAUCUUUAAAAGCUACUGCGAGAUCCUCGUCACCCACUUUCCCUUUGACGAGCAGAACUGCAGCAUGAAGCUGGGCACUUGGACCUAUGAUGGCACCGUGGUGGUCAUCAACCCGGAAAGUGACCAGCCAGACCUGAGCAACUUCAUGGAGAGUGGGGAAUGGGUGAUCAAGGAGUCCCGGGGCUGGAAGCACUGGGUGUGCUACGCCUGCUGCCCCUCCACCCCCUACCUGGACAUCACCUACCACUUCGUCAUGCAGCGCCUGCCCCUGUACUUCAUUGUCAACGUCAUCAUUCCCUGCCUGCUUUUCUCCUUCUUAACGGGCCUGGUGUUCUACCUGCCCACAGACUCAGGAGAGAAGAUGACUCUGAGCAUCUCUGUCCUGCUGUCCUUAACCGUGUUCCUUCUGGUCAUCGUGGAGCUGAUCCCGUCCACCUCCAGUGCAGUGCCCUUGAUUGGGAAGUACAUGCUCUUCACCAUGGUGUUCGUCAUCGCAUCCAUCAUCAUCACCGUCAUCGUCAUCAACACGCACCACCGCUCCCCCAGCACCCACGUCAUGCCCGCGUGGGUGCGGAAGGUUUUUAUCGACACUAUCCCAAAUAUCAUGUUCUUCUCCACAAUGAAAAGACCAUCCAGAGAAAAACAAGACAAGAAGAUUUUUACAGAAGACAUUGAUAUUUCUGACAUCUCUGGGAAGCCAGGGCCUCCGCCCAUGGGUUUCCACUCUCCCCUGAUCAAGCACCCCGAGGUGAAAAGUGCCAUCGAGGGCAUCAAAUACAUCGCAGAGACCAUGAAGUCAGACCAGGAGUCCAAUAACGCGGCCGAGGAAUGGAAGUACGUUGCAAUGGUGAUGGACCACAUUCUCCUUGGAGUCUUCAUGCUUGUCUGCAUCAUCGGAACCCUGGCUGUGUUUGCAGGUCGGCUCAUUGAAUUAAAUCAGCAAAGAUGAGCAGAAAGCUGAGCUGAACCUCAGCGCCAGGGAGAUCUGUCUGCUUGGAUACACACUCACUUAUCACACAUUUAAUUUUCUGCAUUUAUUAUUCAUGACAAAGGUUUAUUUUUACAUAAGGUUAUGGCCUCAAAGUGUGUUCACAUUGCUUCUCCUUUUACUCCUGGCAUGACUGCCCGGAGAGUGGACCCUUUGCAGUAAAUGAACCUGGAUUGCUACAAGAAGUGUUCAUUUCCAGCGAUGUCCGAAAGAAUUUUGCCCAGGAUAACUGAGGUUUUCUGUUAGUUUUUAAAAUGUUUUAUUUUAAGCAAAGAAUCUAUCCUUUGCUUAAAAGUCAGUUUUGUACCUACUAAAAAAGCCCCAUCUACCAGUCCCCAAAAGAUAAAGCAUUUGACUUGGAGAGAAAGAAAGCAGUUAGAAAGAUAACAGAAAAAUUCUAGAAUGGCCACCAAAAUGCAAACUGCCUCAAAAACCCAUGUUUUAAGGUAUGUUUUUAGAAUUUGGAGGUGAAGGAAGGUCUUCCCAGUCUAACACAGCACCUGAGUUUGAUGCUUGGGGUUUGAGGGAAAAGAGGAAGUAACCUGUAUCGAGUGUGGGGCAAGGCACUGUGGGAAUGGGCUCACAUGUAUGGUUUUAUUUAUUCUUAUAAUUCUCAUAAAUGUCCCUAUUUUAGAAAUGAGAAAACUGAACUGGAGGGAGGUUAAGUUCAUUGCCCAAACUAGCAAGUGGAACUGACAUUUGAACUCAGACCUUGUGGGUUCAAAGCAGCACUGGGCUGGGCCAGUUCAUCUGCUCACUUGCUCUUUGGAUCAACCCUGGAUCCAUCUGGGUCACUGUGACUCUGGUCAGUGUUUUUGAGAGGUUGAGUCCUAGUGUCAGCCAUCUUUCUGCCUUUCCAGUUAAACCACCUGCCUUCCCCCCCAGUACUUACUCCAAUCCUGUUUAAGGUUCUAGUUCUAUAAAUGAGAUUAGAAAUGUGUGCCUAUAUCACCAUCACUUCUGCAAUUCUGGACGAGUGAGUAGGAGAGGAAAUUAUUUCCUUUCUCCAUAACAACCUACGAGCCACAAGACAGUUCACUCCAGAACUAGAAAAUGUGCAGCCCUAGGCUCAGUAAGGGCCAUCAGAUCCCUGGAACACAUCUGAUCCACGUCAGUACCAGGGAGAGCGGGAAAUGGCAGUGCCAGGCAGCCUGUCUGAACCCAGGUGGUUUCAAUCUAUGUCUCCGUGGGAUUCCCCAUCACACACCCGUGGCAGGACUGAGUGCUUUCAUUUAAGACUCAACUAAAGGGAAAACAAUUUGGCAAUUCCCCAGAAAGCUAACCAUAGAAUUUUUAUAUGAUCCACCAAUUCCACUCCCAGGUAUACACCCAAAAGAAUUGAAAGCAGGGACCUGAACAGAUACUUGGACACCAAUGUUCACUGCAGCAUUAUUCACAAUAGCUAAAGGUAAAAACCACUCAAGUGCCCAUUAAUAGGUAACGAAAUGUGAGAUAGAUACAUACACACACACACACACACACACACACACACACACACAGUGGAUUAUUCAACUUUACAGAGGAAUGAAAUUUUAAUGAAUGCUAUAGUACACAUCAAACUUGAAAACAUUAUGCUAAGUAAGUAAGCCAGAUGCAAAAGGACAAAUAUUGUAUGAUUCCACUUACAGGAGGUACCUAGAGUAGUCAAAUUCAUAGAGACAGAAAAUAGAAUAGAGGUUACCAAGAUUUGUGGGGAGGGGCGAGUUAUUGCUUAAUGGAUAGAGUUUUGGUUUGAGAUGAUGAAAAAGUUU